UCUGAAUAUAAAUAUCAGGAACUAUUGGCAAGUAAAGCAUUAAAUCGGGUUCAGCCUGGACAGUUUUCAGAUUUCAAACCGGAAGUCCGGGAAUCCGGGGAAAGCGGUCUGUGACGUCACUGCUGAGUUGAAAACCGAAAGGAAAAACUCAAAAUCUCCCGAACUCCGAUCUGGACCUGCAGGCCGGAUUCUGGUUCUGAACGUUUAGAAGCUCUGAGAUGUUCCUGCAGCAGCAGCUGGUGGUUCUGCUCCCGGUCCUGGUUCCGGUUCUGGUUCUGCUUGUUUCCCAGCAUGCCUCGGGGCUCCAGGUGGAGGUGUUUGAGGGGGCGGAGUCUGUCCAGCUGCCCUGUCGGGUAGAGCUUUCUGAGUCUGAUGGUUCUACAGCCGUUUGGGACCAAGAUGACUUGCGGAUCCCUACGGUCCAUGUUCGCCAGCCGGACGGCGAUUACCUGAAGGACCAGAACCAGCGCUAUAGAGGCCGGACGGCCAUGAUGGAGGACGCUCUGCAGACCGGAGACCUCAGUCUGACCCUGAGGAAACCCACCUUCACCGACAGCGGGACCUUCACCUGCACGGUCCGCAGGCUCGGAGAAGAGCUGCACCAGGAGGCCGUGGAGCUGCAGGUCAAAGAGGCUCCUGCUCCAGUCUGGCUCUGGGUUCUGGUGGUUCCGGUGGUUCUGGUGGUUCUCGUGAUCGUUGCUGCUGUUUUGUACUACAGAUUAAAGAAGAAGCUCACAGCAGUGCUUCCAUCUGAGACGGUGGAGAUCAGAGAGGGGGUGAAGUCUGUCCUGCUGCCGGUUAAAACUCAGAAACGUCUCCACAAUGUCAGAGUGGAGUGGAGCCGUUCGGACCAGAGGAACAUCAUGAUCCACGUGUUUGAGAACGGCCAGACUGAGCAACAGGAGGACGUCUACCACGGCCGGACCAAGAUGAAAGCAGACCUGCAGCAGACCGGAGACCUCAGCCUGACCCUCAGGACGCCCCAGCUGACUGACUCUGGGGUCUACGACUGCGUGGUCUUCAGAGGAGGAGACAAGCUGCUGCAGAAGGCUGUGACUCUCAGGGUCAAAGAGAGCCUGAUGGAGGAGGUGGAGGUCGCAGACAGAGCAGCGUUUGUCCUUCUGCCUUUUAAAACCGCAGCUGACCUGCCUGCAGGCAGCACAGUGGUGUGGAGCCGCACUGACAAACAGGGCUCAGUCCACGAGUACCAGAGCGGUCAGAACCAGUCAGGCAGACAGAACCAGGAGUAUCUGAACCGGACCGAGAUGAAUCCUGAUGCUCUGAGGACCGGAGACCUCACCCUGACCCUGAAUUGCCCCCGACUGGGAGACAGCGGCGUCUUCAUCUGCACCGUCUACAGCGACGAAGACGAGAAGAUUCAGAAACAGAAAGUCCUAAUGCUCACCGUCAAAGUCCACCAGGUGGAGAAGGUUUCUUUGGUGGAGGGCAGCAGGUCGGCUGUCCUUCCCUUUAAGUUCCCGCCUCCCCUGCUGGCUGAAGCCUCUGCUGUGGACUGGAGGCUGUCGGACCGAGGGAACAGGCUGCUCUGCAGAUACUGCAGAGACCAGGACUCACCAGCACAGGGUCAGGCCCAUGAAGGCCACAUGAUGAAUGAAGACCUGAUGACGACUGGAAACUGCAGCCUGACCAUCAGGAACGUCUGUCUAACUAAUGGUGUGUAUAUCGGCUCCGUCUGGGAUCAGCAUGGGAGGAUCCUCCGGCAGAAAGUGGUGGUCCUCAUACUCAGAGGUCUCCAGUUGGAGAUCGUGAAGGUCACAGAUGGGGACCCAUCGGUGUCCCUUCCUUUUAAAAUCCCUGCUCCUCUGGACGAGGACGUCAGGGUGGAGUGGACCCGGCCGGACUCCAGACAGACCGAGAUCAUCACCUUUAGGAACGGAGAGCUUCAUUCACCCAAGCAGAUCCUGGGUUACCAUGGCCGCACAGAGAUGGACAAGGACCUGCUGGCGUCUGGAGACCUCAGCCUGGUCCUGAGGCGUCCCCGUCCUAAAGACAACGGCCUCUAUAAAUGCUGCGUCUACAGCAGAGAGCAGAUCCAACAGACGAAAAUGGUGACGCUCAGCGUUGGAGAACCGCUGGAGGCCAGCUUCACAGACCGACUGCUGGGGAAAACAUCCAGAGAUCCUCCUGCAGAGAACGUCCAGCUGCUCGAGGUCCUGAACUCAUCGAUGAAUCAGGACUGACUUCUGGAUCUGGUUCUUCUUCUGGACUCUGGGUCAGCUCUGGAUGUCUUCAGAACAUGUUUGGUACCAGGAGCCUGAAGCCUGGUACCAAACAGUACCAGCUCCAGUUAAUCCAGAACCUUCAGGAUUAUCGUCGCGUUCAGAGACGUUUCAGUCUCAGGCGUCCUGAUGUCUCUGAGGAAACCACAGCUUUCACUCUGGAAGGAAAACCUUCGGUCUAACCCCCUCAGAGGUUUUCCUUCCUCUGGACCAAACGGUUGUUUUCUCUCCUGGGACAGACAC